GGAAACAAAAUGACUGCACAAGAAUAGGUGUAAAAUUAUUCAUGUAAGAAGUAUGAAAAAAUAAGGAAAGAAUUCAGAAGAAAAUGUCUGUCUGUGUGUUUUCAGCUGAUUUCGUGAACAAGUACUGCGAGUUGGAUCCGAUCGGCGAGGGAGGCUUCGGCACAGUGCGCGCUGGCUUCCGUAAAUCAGACCAUCAACCAGUUGCCAUCAAGCACAUUCCCAUGAGCGCUGUGAGAACAGAAAAAGUUAAAUGCAAUGGGAAGGUGUUCAACAUCAUUCUGGAGGUGGCACUCAUGCUGAAAACCGCAGGUCUACCAGGAUCCAUUGGACAAUCCACUGCUGUGUCCCUUCUGGACUGGUACCAUCUGGACCAGGAGUUAAUACUGGUCAUGGAAAGACCAAGAGGCUCCAUGGACCUCUUCAGCUACCUUAAAUUUCGCGGAGGAUACCUGGAUGAACAUGAGGCAAAGAUGAUCCUGAGACAGCUGGUGGACGCAGCCAUCGACAUGCACUCAAAGGGUGUCUUUCACCGGGACAUCAAGUUACAGAACGUCCUGGUGCAGUUGAACGGUGGAGAACCCAAAGUGCGUAUCAUCGACUUUGGCUGUGGCAGCUUCUCCACUGAGGCGUCUUACAGAACUUUUUGUGGUACCCGUGCAUACUUCCCUCCCGAGUGGUUUGACGAUCAGAAAUACAGUGCUCGUCCCACCACUGUUUGGCAGCUUGGAGUUCUAUUUUAUUCAUUGCUGUGUGGACAUAGGACCUUUACCACCGUGAGCUUCAUGAACAACCACAUUCAGUUCAACAGAGAUCUGCCCAAGGAGGUCAAGAUCUUGGUGUAUAUGUGUCUGACCAGAGACCCUGAGCUGCGAACCACUCUGGAGGAGCUACAGAUGCACCCUGCGCUCAACUAAGUCUCAUCCAUCCACAACUGCAUCAGUGCAGGACACACAGAAAAAAAGGACAACACAAAGGAAAUUAUUCAUUUCUACGAUACUGACAUUGACUUUUUCCCCAUCUCGAUGUCCUGUGUAACCCCCAGCCGUCCGUGUAGAGGGGAUCUCUCUUUGAAUUGCCUCUUCCGAGGUUUCUUCCCAAUUUCCUGAUGGGCUCAGGAAUUCUGGGGAGUUUUUCCUCGUCCUCUUAGAGAGCUUGGGCUGGGUCAGGAACCAAUUGUCAUGCCUGGUGUUUUGGUUAUGCUUUGUUUUUUGAUUUUUGGUAGUCCACGUGCCACAUUUCAUGUUUGUGUCUCAUGUGUUUUCAUGUUUUAAGUUCAUGCACGCAGAGCAGUUUUAUUUUUCUUUUUAAUGAAAAUGUUUCAAUUUGCCAUGUGCAACCUCAGCUAUCAAAUAAAGUAAGAAGCUUCUCUA